UCUCCACGACUGCUACAGGCGAUUGCUCAGGAUAACGUUUUGCCAUUUCUCCACGUCUUCCAGGUGACCACCAAAAGAGGCGAGCCACUAAGAGCUCAGGUUGUCAGCUAUGUGAUAGCUCAGGCUGGCAUUCUCAUUGCUUCUAUCGACUCAAUCACUCCGCUUAUCACAAUGUAA